UCAUUUUUUUGCUGUCACCAAUUUUUUUUUUCGUAAACUUUGCAGUUUGGUUUUGCACCCAACCAAAUCGAAUAUUUUAUUAAAAACCUUUUUAUUCAAAUUUGAUAUUUGAUUAUCGACAACAAUUUGUGUUAAGAUCUAUUGCACUUUCCACACAAAUUAAACAAUCAGUUUUAAUCAUGGAAUUCCAAGAAACAGACUCGCUAAAUAUUAAUAAUAAGGAAGUUACACAAAAGAAGACCAUGUCGGCUACCGAACGAAGCGCAACAAAGAAAUCAUUAACAAUACUUGCUGUGAUAUUUUUAAUCAGCUUGGCGGCAAUGUCUUAUGUGUAUAUGAUGUUUCCCGAACUAGAAGAGACGGAAAAGCAGUACAUCAAAUUACCGCGAGAUAUUCAAGAUGCCAAAAUGCUAGCUAAAGUAUUAGAUCAAUACAAGGACAUGUACUAUUUUGAAGUUAUGUUUGGAGUUGUCACAACCUAUGUGUUCCUACAAACAUUUGCCAUUCCAGGAUCAUUGUUCCUAUCCAUAUUACUGGGAUUCCUUUACAAAUUUCCAAUUGCUUUAUUUCUUAUAUGCUUUUGUUCGUCACUGGGAGCCACGUUAUGUUACAGCAUAUCAAACCUAGUUGGUCGAAGAUUAAUAUGCCAUUUUUGGCCAACAAAAACAGCAGAAUGGACGCAACAAGUCGAAAAACAUCGCCAUAGUUUAUUUAAUUACAUUUUAUUUCUUCGUAUGACACCACUUUUACCAAAUUGGUUCAUUAAUUUAGCUUCGCCGGUUAUUGGUGUUCCCAUUUAUACAUUCGCAAUAGGUACCUUCUUUGGAGUGGCGCCACCAUCUGUUAUUGCCAUACAAACUGGAAAAACUCUACAAAAAAUGACAAGCUCUAAUGAAGCCUUUUCGUGGACCUCUGUUGGUAUACUUACAGUAUGUGCAAUAUUAUCCUUACUCCCAGGAUUACUUAAAAACAAACUUAAAAAGAAGCUUGAAUAAACUUUUAAGCGUUUGUGGUUGUGUUAAAUUAAAAUUGUAUUGUUUUUAAUUAUCUAUAUUUUUUUGUUAUUACGUAUUUUAUUAUAUAUGCGUUAUUGCUAUAUGUUUAGUAGAUUAUACCGGUUUAAAUCAAGAGUAAAUUGUACGAAAGUCAUUAUUUUUUUAUAAACUGGUUCAUAAAUGUUAUACAUUUUGUAAAUAUAAUGCCAGCGUUUUCGAUUAGUUGUCUGUAAGAAUAUGAUUUUAUAAAACUUUUUUGAAUUUGGAAAUAAUUGUUGUAUCUUCUGGUCUGGAUUUACAUAAAAUAGGAAUAAGCCAAAUCUCAGCUUAGUUUACAUCAAAAUAUGUAUUUAUAAUUGUAGAGUUAAACUCUUGUUAUUGAACCCACCGGAAAUUAAAUCA